UGCAAAAUAACGUAUUCCUGGGAAAUUAUAGGUGCUAGUACUCAGACUUCGCAGGUACUUGUACAGAACUCAUGUCCUAAGUACGAUGUCAAUGAAUAUAGGGACCUGGAGACAGUUGUUACCAAUGGGAAUGAACAAGGAAAAAAUCAAUGUAGUAUUAAAUACUCUUGGCAAAUUAUUGGGGAGGGUAUACAAGCAUCCUUAGCAGACAGCAACAUGGAUUACUGGAAAGGCACUAUAGUAACUCCAAGAAUAUCUUGUACCAAGAGACAAACUGACUCUGUUGAAAAUGUUUAUGAAAAGAACAGAAAAGGAAUAUUGGAAAUUGGUGAUAGUAAUAAUAUCAGAAAAAAUUUGUUAGAUGGAGUGAAAUAUAUAUUUUUGAAUAAUGAGACUACGCAAACUCAGAUGGAAAAAGAGACUCAGGCAAAUCGUCCAGAAUGUCAUGGGACGUACUCUUGGCAGAAUCUAUCAAGGAAGCAUUUACAACCUAAAGGAUACUUACUGAGAGGUGGAUUCAAGGAGACUAGAACAUUUAAAGAUAUUUUUAAUAAGGAGACAUUAAAAAAGACUACAUAAAAAGACUUAUCAUAAAAUCAUAUUACCUGGAAACCACUAUUCUCUUAUAGAAAGAGACAAAACUUCCUGUUUCAGAGAAUCCUCCCUGCAACCCCAGAAUUUUCCAGCAUGCAAAGCUAUCCUAUGCAGCUUGACUCCAACCACAAUGAACAAAUGCUUUGUACAAAUGACAGAUCAUUGAACUGUCACAUCAAACCUGAUGAUUAUGAAGUUUUUAUUGCAAUGGAUAAAGAAGAUAUCCAUUUGCCCUUUGUAGAACUUCACAAUGAAGUAACAACCAGUUGCUGGAACCUGACAUUCAUCUCAAUGGACAAACACAAGGAACUGUUAUUGGAUUCCUACAAGGAAGACGGAAUACAUCCUGACAAUACGUUAGCAGAAAAUAUUUUAAAAAAACACGUUGCACCAUUAAGGCCCAAUAUAACUGAAAUACAUGAAAUCCCAGCACAUUGUGGAGACAUAAAAACACGACAAAAUGAAUUGACGUCACGGCUAUCCAAUGCUCUGGCAAAAUUGAAACAAUAUAAACAGCGUAAAGAUGCAAAUUGGUCCUUGGACUAUUCUUUACUGGAUGUGAAGGACGAUUUCUCUGUUAAGGAUGCAAAACUACCAAGGCACGUUGAAGAAAAUAUCAAAGGAAUAGUUGACUCAGCUCAGGAGUAUAUUGGGAAGCUGGAGGAACAACUUCAAGAAUUGAACUGUGCUGAUCAGCAAAUAGAAAGGAGCAGUGAAAAAACAUUGAAAGACAUAGAUGAGACUUAUCAAGCUCUAGUGGAUGACGUAUGUAGAGAAAUAAAUCUUAAACGGCAUUUGCUAAGAAUGGAAACGGAGGUAUACAAGAAUGAAGGUCUAGCACCACUUAAAGCUUGUAGACAAGAAGUUAACGCACAAAUACAGAGUACCCAUCACCUUAUUCAUUUAAUAGAAACUAUGCUUAGUCAUCCUCACACUUUUACAAGAGACAGACUAGGAAAGAUUGUAGCUGCGAGUAGCAACAUGGGAAGGAUACCAGCUGUUCCACUCCUGGAAGAGCUUCCCUAUGUAACGUUCAGUCGGCCCACCAAGUGUACCAGAGAUGAGCUCCUGGCAAAGUUCUCUGAGUUGGGCUGUGUCCUUCGCAUGGGCCCUGCACAAUUAUCUGACAUCGAAGAAAGACCAGCAUCGUUGUUUGUCAAGUGGUUUAUUGCAGACCCUGAUUACGCCGCCGAGGAGCAGACUUUCAUAGUACAAAAAGCGCCUGGAGAAGUGCUCGAUCCUGCCUCCAAUGCUUUUGAAACUGUCUACGAGGGUUCAGAGAGUUCUUGCUUCAUCAGGGACUUGCCUGUAAAUGAGCCAGUAACAUUAAGGGUUGGAAUACAGGUAACAGAUACAGCCUGGAGUGUACACCGUAUUUCUAAAACAACAAUACCUGCUUACAGUUGGGUUAUUGAUAACAAAAAUUAUAUGAUUACAAACAGUGGAAAGAUAGCUGCUAAAAUUACAGAUCAAAUUAAUACACUGCUGUCUGAUGGACCACAGUUUAAUACAGAUCACAUAAUUGAAUUUAAAUUUCUAGAAGCAUCUCAAGAUGGUAACGAUAGCGAGGGUGUGGCUCUUGUCUUUGACCCAGAAGGUUGUGAGGAUACUUUGAAAAGGCCAGGGGCCUUACUUAUCACACCACAUGGUAAAAUCUUUAUCGACGGGGAAGAAAAGUUGAUGAAACUACCUAAAAUGCGCUUUGGUACACGAAUUGCAUUUACUGCAGAGCGAAAGGACAAGGAUACAUUGAGAAUUAAUAUAGAAUGUGCAGACAAGGCAGUGACAUAUGACUGGACCGUACAAACACCAUUACAUUUUGCCAUCCGCUUUACAGAGUACAAUAAAUGGAAUAUAUUGGUCAAAUAAAAACAGACAAUCAUUAGACAGAACGCAUUUAUUUACAAAAUACAUAUACAUUUAUUAUUAAAGCUAUUUAAACUGAUAAUAAAAAUGAGUGCCUUAAA